AUGUCAGGAAAAGGUAAAGUCCAUGGAGGUAAAGGUAAAUCCUCAGAAUCCGCUAAGAAUACAACUUCUCACUCAGCUAGAGCUGGUUUACAAUUCCCAGUUGGUAGAGUUAAAAGAUAUUUGAAAAAGACUGCUCAAAAUAAAAUCAGAGUUGGUUCCAAAUCUGCUAUCUAUUUAACUGCUGUUUUAGAAUAUUUAACUGCUGAAGUUUUAGAAUUAGCUGGUAAUGCUGCUAAAGAUUUAAAAGUCAAGAGAAUUACUCCAAGACAUUUACAAUUAGCUAUUAGAGGUGAUGAAGAAUUAGAUAACUUAAUUAAAGCUACCAUUGCUUUUGGUGGGGUCUUACCUCAUAUUAAUAAAGCUUUAUUAUUAAAAGUUGAAAAGAAACAACCAAUCAAGAAAUAA